AUGCCGGUGUGUAGUCUGGGCGAGACCAUAUUCGCCUGGAAAUCGUACUGGUUGAUGCAACUGCAGUGGUUGGCAUUGAUUAGUUUUUCUUCUUUGGUAUUAUGCAGUUUAACUGACAUUGAGAAACACUUGGAGAUGGGAAAGCAAUUUCUGUCAAAAGGACAGUUUGCUGAUGCACUUUCACAUUAUCAUGCUGCAAUUGAGGAGUUUUUAGAGGGCGACCCAACAAAUUAUCAGUCCUAUUACAGAAGAGCGACUGUUUAUUUGGCUAUGGGAAAGUCAAAAGCAGCAGUUCCUGAUCUGGAUCGUGUUAUCGAGCUAAAGCCUGAUUUUAUCAUGGCUCGAGUUCAGAGGGGAAAUGUUUUGUUAAAGCAGGGCCAUCUUGAUGAAGCGGAAGCUGACUUCAAAGCAGCUGCGAACGGUGGUUCCGGAACUGUUGAAGUAAGGGAAAAAUUGAAAACGGUUUCGGACGUUCGAAGUUUUGUUGAGGAGGCUGAAAAAUUGUUUGGGAAAGGGGAUUAUGGCAAUGCGGAGCGCUAUUAUACAAAAGCGUUGGAAACUUGUCAUUGGGAUCCAAACUUACAUGAAAGAAGGGCUGAAUGCUUUCGAAAGAAGGGCGAAGUUCACAAAGUUAUCAUGGAUUUACGUGCCGUUUCUCGUUUAGUUCCUGACAGUACCGAGGUUUUUUAUAAAAUAUCUACUUUAUAUUAUUCGACAGGAGAUAUUGAGGAGUCACUGAAUCAGAUUAGAGAGUGUUUGAAACUGAACCCGGACCAUAGUAAUUGCUUUGCUCAUUAUAAAAAAGUGAAGAAGUUGAAUAAAAUGCACGAAUCGUUGAAAGCGUUUGUGGAGGGUGAAAAAUGGAUGGACUGUCUGGAUAAAGCAAAUCAGAUCCUUCGGUUUGAAAAGGCGGUCGAGAAAAUUCAAAUUGGAGUUUUCCGUUACCUUUGCAAGUGCAAUCUCCAUGCUGGUCAUAUUGGAGAAGCAAUAACGAUGUGUACUGAAGUAUUGGAAAAUGACGACCCUAAUGAUUUGGAUGUUUUGUGUGAUCGAGCUGAGGCGUAUCUUAUUGGUGAACAGUUUGAUGAAGCGAUUGAGGACUAUCAGAAGGCGGUUAACGAGCAUGAGGAAUCAAGGAAAGCUAAGGAAGGUUUGAACAAGGCGCAACGCCUGAAAAAGCAGGCAGGCAGAAAAGAUUAUUACAAAAUACUUGGAGUACGGAGGAAUGCAAACAAGAGAGACAUUUUGAAAGCGUACCGGAAGUUAGCUCAGCAGUGGCACCCGGAUAAUUUCUCAGACCCAAAAGAGAAGAAGAAAGCUGAAGCCCGCUUUAUUGACAUUGCAGCCGCAAAGGAAGUACUAACAGAUACUGAGAAAAGAGCUCAGUUUGAUAGGGGCGAAGAUCCAUUGGAUCCUGAGCAGCAACAACAUGGCUUUAACCCAUUUGCAGGAGGAUUUCCUUUUGGUGGCGAUGGAGGUCCCUUCUCUUUUAAGUUCCACUUUGGCUGA